AUGUGCUUUGAACCUGAGGAUAGUACGGAGGAUGCUGCUGGUGCUACAGACGAGGAAACUGUUGGUAUUACAGAAGUGGAUGCUGUCGUUACGGAUGAUGGCACUGAUUCCUCCUGGGAAAACAGUGAUGGAUUACUCUUGGUUAUUAUUGUUGCUUUUAAACUGCAGUUGCAUUCUUGUCGUAAUUUCGAUCCAUAUUCUCCUUUGUUGCAUUAUUUGGAACCAUACAUAGUUUGGAUAAAUUUUCGACUUUUAAAAUAA